UGACACAUUGCGCCCUUCCCGGUUCAGAAACCCGGGCUCAGGGCGGCUAACAACAAAUUUAAAACACAUAAUUGUAAUACAACAUACAAGCAGCAUAAAAUACAGUGUAAAAGCAUGAAUAACAAUAAAAUUCAAGUUCAAGAGUCAAUUUGGAGAAAAUCCAUCCAAUAAACAUUAGAUAGUCACCUGGGCGAGCUGGCUAAAUUAGACCUACUUGGGCCAGCGAGGAGGCCAGGGGAGAAUUAGCUGUGGGGUCCCAGAGCGGGUAAUCUUCAUAAAAGGGGGGGGGGAAGAGAAGGGAAAUAAAAGAUCAGUCUGAGUUCAAAUUAAAGGCCAGGCGGAAUAGCUCUGUUUUACAGACCCGGCGGAAGGAGGUUAAAUCCUGCAGGGCCCUAGUCUCAUGGGACAGAGCAUUCCACCAGGUGGGAGCCAUCACUGAAAAGGCCCUGGCCUUGAUGGAGGAUAGUCUGACUUCCUUAGGGCCUGGGACCUCUAAACUAUGGUUAUUCAUGGACUUUAAGGUCCUCUGCGGGGCAUACCAUAUUUUAUUAUCAAAAUAAUAAAUAAAAAAAUGCUUUUGGCACACAAACCCUGUGGCAACCAGACAUUCUGUCUUGGUGCUCACAACCUAGUUCCCAGAAGCUGUUUGGCUCCUAGCUUUUUCUAUCCCAGUUUCUAACACUGGUGGGCACCCAAAGAAGCUGAAUGUUGGAAGAUUCAGGACAGACGCAAGAAAGCUGGCAGAACAGAGCUAAACGAUGGAACUUGCUCCCCCAGGAGACAGUGAUGAGCACCAACAUGGAUGACUUUAAAAGAGGAUUUGGAAAAUUCAUGGAGGGGGGAGAGGGUUAUUGAGGCUCUGCUCUGCCUCCCCAGCUGGAAGCAGCAAUGCUUCUGGAUCCCAGUCGCUGGAAACCACUGGAGGGGAGAAUGUUGCUCAUGUGCUCAGGUCUUGCUUGUCCGUUUGUCCCACAGGAUGAGCCAUGCUCUCCUGAGGUGAUGUGCGCAAUUGAAUGGCAAACGUCAUGGCUGGUUUGGUGGGUUUUGACAGAGGGCGCUGGGGUGGGGGGACGGAUUCCUGGCAGAGCACAUGUAAAGGUUUGCACAAUUUGCAAGAAACCACAUAGGGGCAUCAUCAGCUGGAAUCUUACGAAUGAGUGUUUUGAUGGCCCCACACUCUUUAUUUCUAUAGCAUUGAAACCCACAAGUUGAUAUGACUGUUGUUGUUAUUAAAAAUUUCUAUGCAGCCAUACCUCGGUUUGAGUACUUUCAGUUUAAGUACUCUGCGGACCCGUCUGGAAUGGAUUAAUCCACUUUCCAUUACUUUCAAUGGGAAAGUUCGCUUCAGGUUAAGUACGCUUCAGGUUAAGUACGGACUUCCAGAAACAAUUACACUCAUACUUCAGGUUAAGUACGCUUCAGGUUGAGUACUCCGCGGACCCGUCUGGAACGGAUUAAUCCACUUUCCAUUACUUUCAAUGGGAAAGUUCGUUUCAGGUUAAGUACGCUUCAGUUUAAGUACAGACUUCCGGAACCAAUUGUGUACUUAAACCGAGGUACCACUGUACUGCCCUUCAUUUGAGGACCACAGGGCUGUUUACAAUAGAAAAACCGCAAAAUAUAUAAUAUAGGAACAAACAAAAUACAAUUACCCACCACCGCCAGGCACAGUUUAAAAGGCGGCAGAUUGUUCAGUUAGCCAAAGACCUGAUAGAUGAGAUGGAAAGGAAAUAUACCUUCCUUGGAUGUCAAAGUAUGAGACUGGCUCAGCAAUUUGAGUCGUCAGCCUGGUGUAAGGCCGGGUGAUUCCUGGACUGGAAAACCCCCUGAUUCCUGCCCCUGAGGAUUUCAGCAUGGCCUCAUGACUGGUGCUUUCAGAUCUCCUAAAGUAACUCCUUCCAGGGCUGGGUCGAACUGAUGGAAGCGUUUGGGCUUUCCGCCCUUCCUGUGUGCUUCCUGUUCAACUGCGCUGUGGUUAGAUAGGGACUUUAUGGAGGAAUUGGUGCAUUUUCCUCCAGAAGGUGGUUGCAAUUCCCAGAAAAUAAGGUGCCGCGGUGGCAUUUUCCCGUUCCUGAAAAAGAAAUUUCUUGGGGAGGCUGGCCUGCGACUCUGUGUGUAUUUCUGGGGUUCGUGUUUGUGAGUACACAACCGAGCUGAUUCACAAAGGAACUGGCAUGGGAGCGAUUUAUCUGACCCAGGAUUUUUGCAGAAAAGAAUGCUGUCUAAUGUUAAAUGGAAAUUGUUUAGAGGGCAGUUAUUACACAUGAAUGAAACACCAUGAAAGGAUGGCAAUGGCCUUUGUUUCAGCCUGACUUGCUCACAAAUGUUCUUUGGGCCCCUUCCCAAGAGUCGUGUUCUAAUUAAUAUUUGAAGCUAAUUUUAGUUCAGUUUUAAUUCUGGAAGAGAAAUUGGGCCAUGAAACUUUUUUCCUUUUUCCUUUUUUUUCGAGUGGAUGGAAGAGAACAACUUGCUUAUAAAACAUCUUGUACGGAGAUGGCCGUAGAACUAAUUACUGAAUUUUUAAAGUCCUUUAUCACCCCCACCCAAAGGCUAGGCUGCUGUAUUUCACAAGCACAAUAAAUAGAAUAGCAGUUAGAGUGUGACUGGUCACACGCCGCUCAGCUUGUGGUUAGAGCAUCAGUCGUGGUUAGAGCAUCAAUCCAGCUCUAGGGAGAGCCAGGUUCUGCAACACAAUUCCUGAUGACCUUGGGCCUGUCUCCGUCUCUCGGCCUAGCCUACCUCUCAGGAUUUUUGUAAGGAUUGGAAGAGGGAGCAGGGGAGAACUCUGGUAGGCUGCCUUGAGCUCUGCGUCAGAAAGGCAUAAUAAUAAUAAUAAUAAUAAUAAUAAUAAUAAUAAUAAUAAUAAUAAAUUUAUUAUUUAUACCUCGCCCCAUCUGGAUGGGUUUCCCCAGCCACUCUGGGCGGCUCCCAACAGAAUAUUAAAAACAGAAUAAAACAUCAAACAUUAAAAACUUCCCUAAGCAGGGCUGCCUUCAGAUGUCUUCAGUCAGAUAGUUGUUUAUUUCCUUGACAUCUGAUAGGAGGGUGUUCCACAGGGAAGGUGCCACCACCGAGAAGGCCCUCUACCUGGUUCCCUGUAACCUCACUUCUUGCAGGGAGGGAACCGUCUGAAAGCCCUUGGUGCUGGACCUCAGUGUCCGGGCUGAACAAUGGGGGCGGAGACGCUCCUUCAGGUAUACUGGGCCGAGGCCGUUUAGGGCUCUAAAGGUCAGCACCAACACUUUGAAUUGUGCUCGGAACUGCCAAUGACAUGGCUCCCAAAAUGCUUCAGGAGCAAAUCUCACCUUCUCAAGCGAGCCUCCUCCCAAGUAUACAUGUAAUCACCGUUCUCUGCUACUUGUUUAAAAAAGCAAUGUUCUCUUUGAUCGUGCUAACAGCAUACAGGGCUAGAUUGAGAACUGAAACUUGUGUUUUCACUCACUUCAUUCCAGGAUCCUCAUUGCAAGCAGCGCCAGCCUCUGAGCUCAUCCCCAUUUAACUGCACAUGAAAGCUUGGAAUCCCGUUUGCUCCCCACCCUCCCGCCUGGGACAUAACUGUGGGAAACGAGCUAUUUUUAGUACGGCCUUUUCCACCGCAGAAAUCUGCAGCAACCUUGAUUUCAGAAGGUGGCAGCAAUGCCGCCCCUGAGACACUCCACUUAGUCACGGUGCAGACUAAGUAAUUCUAAACAGUCCUGGCAGCUUUUCUCGUGGGACGACAGUCAUUCGGGCUCUAGGCGCAGUUCAGCUCCCGGAGCUUUUAAGUCACACUUUGGACGUGUUUUUAAUCUUCUGUGUUUUGUGGCCUCGCCAGCGCUUUAUUCCAUUGCUUUGUUUUCUCUAUGCAUCUCGGGUAUCUGCAGGUCUGCCAGGCCACCAAACCUUGUCCUUCCGAAUUACUGUAAUGGCCCAAAUAUAAGCCACACGUAAAUAUAAGCCACACCUUUAAAAUUCAUUUGGGGGGGGGAGAAAAAAGACAAUACCGAACAUAAGCUGCUCUCUUAAAAUUCUGCAGGCACUCGCACCCAUUCCGUUUUACCGUAUGUCUGUUUCAGCAGCGAUAUCGUAAAAGCCAAUUUGUGUAAGGCCGUGAAUUUAAGCAGCAGUUUAGCUUUUCAGGGUCGGAAUUUGGCCAGGGUGGGGAGUGAGGCUUAUUUUCAGGCCAAUACAGUACUUUGCUGUAGGUGAUGCAGCUGUCCUUGUAGAGCAGGCACCCCCAAACUGCGGCCCUCUAGCUGUUUUGGCCUACAACUCCCAUGAUCCCUAGCUAACAGGACCAGUGGUCAGGGAUGAUGGGAAUUGUAGUCCCAAAACAUCUGGAGGGCCGCAGUUUGGGGAUGCCUGUUGGAGAGGUUACAAGGAGAGGGGUUAAAAGCAGAGACAACCCAAGUUGGUAUGUUUCGGGUGUGGAACAGUAGGGAGAUUCCUGUAUUAGGACAGUUGGACACCAACUGUCAGGACAAGGUAAAAAAAUUCAUGUUUGUGGAAUCUUAAGAGUGCCCUAGAGUAUCCUUCAAGCACCUUCCCAAAAGUCACUUUGAAUUAGAGCUGCUACUUCCUCCUGCAAAGGUUAAGCACAGUGUAGCAAUCAGAAUUUUGGGAUGAAGCCUCCUCUGCUGAGAGCAAGUAGCGGGGACCUAAAUCUCCUUUGUCACUUUCGGAGGUGCUCUUCCCGUCUCUCUCACCGUCUUGAACAGAAUGGAACGAAGGGCCUUGCUCCAAAGGAAGCCUUUCAGUGCGGCUUGCUCACAUUUAUAACGCGGGAAGGAUGGCAGUUUAGAGAAACAGGAGUCAUCUUUUCUCGGUCUCCUAGCUGAACGACUUUCCAUCAGCAGGUCAGAAGCCCUCAAUCGACUGUAGGAACUCUGUGGCUGGGCUGGCAGGCUCCCAGCAGUCAUGCGUGGGCGCCAGGUUGGUGAAGGCCGUUCUAAGUUGCAUGCUAGGAAGCCAUCCUUACUGGAAAUUAACACCAACAUGUGGCAGCCGUCUCAGAUCCAGGGUAAAGAUUUGAUCAGCAAAAUUCUUGUUAACUUGGAAGCCUCCUAUUAUAUUUGAGAGCAUUAUCCCAGAAUGUUUGGGACUUGUAACCAGCCUGUUAGUUAUGGUGAAAUGGGCUUUGGGAAUGCAGGGCCAUGCUUCCUAAAUCCUGAGCGGCAUUUAGGUAGAAAAUCAUGGGGGUCACAGGGGUUAUCUAGUCCAACAUUGGGGCUCAAACCCACGACCCUGAGAUGAAGAAUAUCAUGCUCCGCCGACUGAGCUAUCUUCAAUCAAAUCGCCGGGUAUCAAGAGUGCCUGGGCAGGAAUAGCUAAAGUGAUUCCUGCUGAGAUUCCUGCGUUGCAAGGGGUUGGACUAAAUAAUAAUAAUAAUAAUAGUUGUUUAUUAUUUGUACCCCGCCUAUCUGGCUGAGUCUCCCCAGCCACUCUGGGCGGCUCCCAAUCGAAUAUUAAAACAAUACAGCAUUAAAUAUUAAGAACUUCCCUAAACAGGCUGCCUUCAAAUGGCCAUUGGAGUCCCUCUAGAAUUCUAGGAUUCUGUGAGUUUAAUUUGCAAGGGGAAUUCACAGCACAUAGUUAAACUGUGGAACUCGCUUCCACAGGAGGCAGUGGAGUUCUCCAGACAACUGGAGAAAUUCAUGGAGGAGGAGGAGGCAAUUGAUCACUACCAGCCAUGUCCUGACGCCACAACUGGAGAGGCAGUAAUUCUCAUGAAUAACAGCUUCUGGAAACCAUAGGAGAGGCGAGCUGCUCUUGUGCUCAGGUCUUGCUUGUGGGCUUGUCCCACAGGCAUCUGGUUGGCCACUGUGAGAAGAGGAGGCCGGACUAGAUGGGCCAUUGGCCGAUCCAACAGUCUCCUCUUAAGCCGUUAAUGCAGCUUCCUAUGUCCCUGUUUAAAUCAGCCCUCUACUCAAUGAGGACUAGAUUCCUACCUGGCUAUUGGCCUGAUGCGGCAGGCUCUUCUUAAAUUCUUACAAUACUCCAGCAACUGGAUUGCAUGUGGGUAAUCAGGGCUGCGGUUGUGCCAGCCGGGGAAAUGGCAUUGCGAAUGGGGAGUGCUCCUUUCAGGUGUUUGCUGCCUUAACACAAAUUGUAUUGUUAACCUCUCGGCCCAGCCUGGCGCCGUCUAGCUGUUCUGUAUUACAACUCCCUUUAGCCCCAGGCUGCACAGAUGGGAAUUGUCGUCCAGAGCAGCUGGCCAGCACCAGGUUGGCGAAGGCUCCAGGCAACGUAGUUUGUUUCCUGAAGAACCUCCAUUACUCUGGCUUUGACUUGGAGGCAGUUCUGGCGCAAAAUUGGGCCGUUGGGCCAUGUUCCUGGAAUUCUGGAACUUUUUUCUUUCUUUCUCCAGUCCAAAAGUGAUGUUCCCGUCCGGAUGAGUCUUGCCUGGGCAACAGCUGGAUUUGAUGAAACGGCAAAGGGCAGCACAUGGCUUUAAAUGGCUUCAGCUGGCCAUUUGCAGUAUCCAGUUGCAGCUGCCUCGUUUUUAUUUUUGCUCUGAAAUGCACAGAAAUAGGCGGAUAAAAAUGUACCCGUAACCAGCCGCUUAAUCCAGAAUGGCUGCAGUGGGGCGUGGCUAUUGCUGGCCAACACAGCUUCCCCCGCUUCGGCACCCCCAAAACACGAUUGUUGCGUGGUGCAGCACCCGCAAGGUGCGACGGGCCUCGCUGUGCCGAUCUUCAUCCUCAAAACAGGUUGCCUGUUGCUUUCCUUUUUAACGUUAGGACGGUUUGCUGAGUGGCGCGAUCAGAGCAUCUCUCAAGCUCUGGUGUCAAGAUGCGUGGGAUAGCGUUAGAACCCCGGCACAGCAGGAAUGACGAUCUAAAGCAGGCAUCCCCAAACUGCGGCCCUCCAGAUGUUUUGGCCUACAACUCCCAUGAUCCCUAGCUAAGAGGACCAGUGGUCAGGGAUGAUGGGAAUUGUAGUCCAAAACGUCUGGAGGGCCGAAGUGUGGGGGAUGCCUGAUCUAAAGGGCGGUCAUCCUGCUCUGGCUUCUUGGCCCGUCCACUUUAUGGCUUGAACUGGACAGCUUGAGAUUUUCUUUGCCAAUAAAACAGUCAAAGGACAUAGGAUGGCCUUCUCCGACCUGGCUCCCUCUAGGUCCUGCUAGGCAGGGAUGGUGGGAGUUGUAGUCCAACAACAGCUGGAGGGCCAAGUAUGGGAAACCCUGCUCUAUGUUUUUUUGGACUACAACUCCCAUCAUCCCUAGCAAGCUCGGCUGUAUUGUAUGAUACUGGGGGUUGUAAUGCAAAACACUUGGAGGUGGGGGCAGAAGGCUGGUUUGGGAGAACUGCCUGGAUCAUCCAGUUUUAUCACCCAUGAAUUCUUAAUAGGGAGCAAGCUCCCUUGCUUCAGAGGAAAUCGUAGAUAUGCUCAGGGGACCAUGCAGUAGGUCUUGAAGAGAAGCAGUGAGGCGCAGGCAGGCCUGGGAAGUAGGAACAGCUCCGUAUCCGCUGAGUGUCCCUGUUCCAUAUUCCCUCUGAGUGGAGCGCUGCAGGGAUGGCCCGAAAGCCAUGCCUUUGUACUUCCAAGCUGUUGCCCAAACCGUAAAGAAAUCCUCUGGGGACAAGCUUACAGCUGAGCCUGAUGGCAUGUAUCUUCUCAAUAGCCCUGCAUGGGUCUUAAAAUUAAUUUAGCAAUCCCCCAAGCGCCCUUGGCUUAAGCGUGGGAAUCUGCUCUGCGGCAGUCGAUGGGUAAAUGAGGCCUGUUGGUCCGAGCGAGAGAGCAGGGUGGCGUUCACUGAGCCUCCUGUCAGAGUGGGCGGGGCUCUUCCCAAAAGUAGGCGGGGUUUGACAGCAAGCCCCACCUACCUGGGUUGCAAUACAAGGGGAGCUGUGAGGAAUUUGGAAGCUUCCCCACCUCUUCAGAACUAUAGUGUGGCAUUUGCUAGCAAUGCAUAUCUCUUAGAGCAGGGGUGGCCAACUCCCAAGAGACUGUGAUCUACUCACAGAGUUAAAAACUGGCAACUGGGGGUUAAGGUCAAAGUUGAGAAUUUUUUAGGAAGGAGGAAGGUCCAUUUUGAGGGGGUUUGGAUCAAAGUUGUUGAGUUUUUUCAGGGACGAGGUAAAAUGUUGAGCUUUUUUAAGGGGAGCCACAGUUGUUCAGCUUCUUUGGAGGGAGCCAAUGAUCUACCAGUGAUCUACCACAGAUGUCCAGUGAUCUACCGGUAGAUCACGAUCUACCUGUUGGGCAUGCCUGUCUUAGAGUUUUAACUGAAAUUUGCUCCGUUGCUUCUGAAUGGGAGUCUUCUUCAAGCCGCACAACAUAGUUCAUGCAUAGACUGUAAAAUCUCUCUUCCAUGCUGUGUGUUCCCAGACCUCCCCCCACCCCGAAAGAUUCCAGGCUCCUUUUCCAUUGCUUGUCACCAGAUAUAUAUAUUAUUAUAAGCAGUGCCUUAACCCAGAUGGCUGACACCUGCUUCUGUGACAACUCACAGCAGAUGGAUGGAGCAGAUAAAUGGGGGAAGAACAGAAGGCCAAAGUAAAAAAAAACCACACACACACACACACACAACAAAGCAAGCCUAGUUUCUUGCACACCAGUUGCCUUGCCAUUUUCAAAGACCAGCAUGUUCUGAAAUGUGUGGAAAAUUCCCUACAUUGUAGAAAUGUCUCUGGACACUGAGGGCCUUCUCGGUAGUGGCACCCGCCCUGUGGAACACCCUCUCACCAGAUGUCAAAGAGAAAAGCAACUACCAGUCUUUUAGAAGACAUCUGAAGGCAGCUCUGUUAAGGGAAGCUUUUAAUGUUUAAUAGAUUAUUGUAUCUUAAUAUUCUGUUGGAAGCCGCCCAGAGUGGCUAGGGAAACCCAGCCAGAUGGGCGGGGAAUGAAUAAAAAAAAUGGUCGGCGUGGUUCAUCUGUUCUUAAGGUGUGGAAUUGAUUAUGGAAGGUCUGUGUCUGAAUCUUCUCUUGGACUGUGAGGCACAGUGGAUAACUUUGGGCCCUUAGUCUCUCUCACAUAGGCUGUCCUACCUUGCAGGAUCUUUGUGAGGUAUCGCACUAUCCGUGAAUGGUCACGCCGAGCUCUUCAGUGGAAGAGCAGGAGGCAAUGUAGCCAGCAGCCUCGUACCCAGCACUGUUUGGGAAUUCCCAGAAUUCAAAAAAUUAUGUGCAGUUUUGAAAUCGGGGGUUGAAAUCAGUGCAAGUUUUGAAAAGCUCAGUCCGCCCUCUUGAUUCAAAGCGGUCUCCAAACGUAGACGAAAACCUUGAACUUGAGAACCUCCGCGCAAAACUUGGUUAAGCUAAUUUACGAGAACAGGCAAACAACUUUCUGGAACUUGGUAGACUAGAAGAGAGUGCUUCGCGUUUGUUUUUAAACCCUCCAAAGAAUACUGAGGUUUAUAAAUGGAUAAUGUAAUUUGUUGGUUUCUAAGGUUGUGCAAGCCCAGGGCCCUGAUCCCAUUGCUGGCUGGGGCAGAUGGGAGUCUCAGCCCAAAGCCUUGGGAGAGCUGCCAGGUUGGCGAAGGCUGCUUGCUGUGCAGCACAAAGCGAAUAAAUAAGAGACAGAACAAGACAGCAGCAGGUAAAAACUCUUUGAACAGACAAUGGGGAGGUCUUUCCCAUUUCCUCCCUCCUUGCAGAGAAACAUUUGAGGUCAAUUUGGGAGAGAAAAAAUGGUUUCAGGACUUUUUCCUGUACCGUUUCAGACAUGCGGUUUAUAUAUUUAUGUAUGUUUUUGCUUGGUACAUUUAUUUUGUAUCUUAGACCUUAUAAUUCUCAUAACAAGCUGCUCUUGUGUGUGCCAAAGCCCAUUAUUGUUAACGCAGAGCCAGUGUACAGUCAUAGUACAUAGUACAAAUAGUACAUAGUACAUAGUACAAAUGUUUGUGUGCAUUCGCACUCACACACAGCCCUUGUUCUGGCCGGCUGAUGGAGUUGGCAAAAUGUUCACAGCUUGUUCUGCAUUACGUUUCAAGCAGCAGUCUCCGUGGCAGAGAUUCCACCUUCCGCCUCAUCCACAGAACGCCUGGCAUAGUGUCCCCUUUCAAGCGUGUCUUCCUGAAAGGCGAAAAGGUGGGUCGGGAUAAGAAGACCCAGGAGAAGGUGACAGAGAGGCGGCCGCUGCACACGGUCUCCGUCCCUUUGCCUGACCGGGUGGAUCCCGACAUCCUCUUGAACGACUACAUCGAAAAGGAAGUGAAGUAUUUAGGCCAAUUAGCAUCUGUCCCAGGGUACCUGAAUCCCUCCAGCCGAACGGAAGUGCUGCAUUUGAUAGACAAUGCAAAGAGGGCUCAUAAGCUUCCAGGGCAGCUGACGCAGGAACAUGACGCUGUGAUCAGCCUCUCCGCCUACAACGUCAAACUGGUGUGGCGGGAUGGCGAAGAUAUCAUACUCAGGGUCCCAAUCCAUGACAUUGCGUCGGUUUCCUACAUCCGCGACGACUCCUCGCACCUGGUGGUGUUGAAAACAGCUCAGGACCCCGGGAUUUCCCCCAACCAGAGUCUUUGUGCCGAAAGCUUGAAAGCUCUCACGUCAGGGUCUCUCUCGGAGAGCGGAGCGGUUCCUGUCGAAGCUUGUUGCCUGGUGGUCCUGGCUACGGAGAAUAAAGUAACCGCGGAGGAACUCUGCUCCCUUCUCAGCCAAGUCUUCCACAUUGUUUACACGGAGUCCACCAUAGACUUCCUCGACAGAGCAAUAUUCGACGGGGCCUCCACGCCAACCCGGCAUCUCUCCCUGCACAGCGAUGACUCUUCUACAAAAGUGGACGUUAAAGAUUCCUACGAAACGGAAGCAAGCACUUUUUCUUUCCCCGAGUCCUUGGAGACCGGUGGCAACUCCCCUUCUUCCUUCUCGGCACAGCCAUCUCCCCACGCCAAGGCGGCCAGCGAGAGCGAGCUGAGCACCACCGCAACAGAGCUCCUCCAGGACUACAUGAUGACGCUACGAACAAAACUCUCCUCUCAUGAGAUCCAGCAGUUUGCCAUGCUUUUGCACGAAUACCGCAAUGGGGCGUCCAUACACGAGUUCUGCGUCAGCCUGCGACAGCUCUAUGGGGAUAGCCGGAAAUUCCUUCUGCUAGGCCUUAGACCAUUCAUCCCUGAGAAGGACAGCCAAUACUUUGAGAACUUCCUGGAGACGAUUGGCGUGAAGGACGGGCGAGGCAUCAUCACCGACAGCUUUGGGAGGUACCGGCGGACGGUGAGCACGACCUCCAACUCAACCACCAACGGCAACGGAGCCGCGGGGAGCUCGGACGACCAGUCCGCACCCUCGGAGGGAGAUGAGUGGGACCGCAUGAUCUCAGACAUCAGCAAUGACAUCGAGGCUCUCGGCUGCAGCAUGGACCACGAUUCUUCGUGAAAGGAUCGGAGAGAGAGAGAGAGAGAAGAGGCAAUUCCCCCCACCAGGAAUACCCAGGCCCUGUUGCUCGCUAUAGCCGUGCACACUCUCUCCUCUCCCCUCCUGGGAAUCAUAGGAACUUUUUUUGGUUCCGGGCAAAGCGGAAAGGGAAGAUUUCCCUUACGACUUCCCUUCCUACCUUCCUUCAGGGGCCCUUGACCUUGUGGGCGACAGUCUCUUCUGUGAAGGAGCAAGCCAUGGAGAGGGUCUUGGCCGGAUCAGGCCCUAGCAGGAGGGAGAGCGUUUGCAG